AUGGCAAACCUAUUUGAUGAAGAAUAAGGUUAAUACUUAAGAAUGAAUGCUCUCAAAUAUCUAGAGAAACCACCAGAAAUUUAAAGAGAAGAUGAUCCAUUUAUUACUAAUGGCUCUUUGGCAAUCACAUAUAUUCUAGUGGAAACAGUGGAAUAAUAUAAAGCAGAUUAAGGAUUAAAGUUUUAACCCAGUUAUGUUCAUCAAGUAUUUAGAUCUACUAAUGAAAUAUAUGGAUAUAAGGAUCUUAAGAUUACUAUUCAUGUAACAGCACUUGGAUUGAAGCCUUAUAUUAAAGUAAAUUCGUUCAAAAUAUUUUAUUAUAGAUAUCUUAUAGCGAGCAAACUGAAGAUGCUGAUGAUUUAAAUGAGAGUUUCAAUAAAGUAUAUGAAGCUGGUUUCCUUUCUAGCGAAGAAUAGUUCAUUUAAGCACUUGAAGAAGAAUAAAAUCAAGAGCCUUUAGGAGAUUUAAUUGAAGAAUAUGGAGAUUUUAAAAUAUAUAAAUGUUAAAUGGCAACUACAAAUGGGUUUGUUUAAUUCAAACCUUUUUUAUAAGCAUUUCUUUUAGUUUUAAUUGAUGGAGUAUAAUAUCCAGGGGAUGAAAAUGAAUGGGUUUAUUUAACAUUAUAUGAAAAACGUGUAUUUAUAGGAUUGACAACUGUUUUUAAGUUUAAUAUUGGAUGGAAUAAAUAGAGACAUCGUUUAAGUUAAAUGCUAUUCUUACCAUAAUAUCAAAGAAAAGGUCAUGGAAGUAGAAUGCUAAAAACUGUAUAUAAAUUAGGAUUGGAAGAUGAUAAGUGUUUAUAGAUUACAUUAGAAGAUCCAUCUGAAGAUUUUUAAGUGAUGAGAGAUAUUACUGACUCUAAAAUCUUGCAUGAACAUUUUAAAGAUAUUCUCCCAAAUAAAGUAAUAAAUAAAUAUAUAAUAGAUAAUUAAUUCAAUAUAAGAAAUAGGAGAUAUGCCAAAAGAUAAAUUAUUUGAAAUUAUGAAGAAAACAAAACUACAUGCUUAUUAAAUAAAGCGUGCCUAUUCAAUUUAUUAGUAUGCUUUUGUGAACAAGUAAUUUAUACUAUUAAAAAAUUAUAAGAAAGUCUUCUAAAUUGAUGACAGAAUUUGCUAGAUAUUUACUUAAAGAACAUUAAAAACCGUAUAUAAGAAAAAAGAACAUUUUAGUACGAUUUGAGGAUGGUAGUUCAUUGGAUCCUAAAUAAAUGCAUCUUCUUGAAUUGAAAGAAAAGGAAGAUAGGAAUAUUAUUGUUGAAGAAAGUUUAGGAGAUGAAUUAUGUUUAUUUGAACUUAUAGCUACAAAAUUAAGAAAGGACAAAGUAAUUUGA